AACACGCUCGCCCUGACGCAGCGAUGGUCAGACUCGCGGGUCGCGGUUCCCCGAACAGCCACACCUCUCGGUCUCCGGCGCCGCCAUGGACGGAGAGCGAGAGCGGCAGGCUCCGGAGCGGCAGCCCGGCAAGAACCUGAUAAAGAUCCCUGCCUACCAGGAGGUCUUCGGCAGUGGCACCUCCUCCUCGUCGGCGCCGCCCUCCUACAACCCUCCUCUCGCCAGCUCCGGCGCCGCCGCCUCUAGUUCAUCCUCCUCCUCUUCGUCGGGGUCGUUCUCGCAGACUUUCUCCUUCCUCAAGUCCUCCGAGUUCUAUUCCCCUCCCCCGCCGCCUCCCCAACCCACCACCACCCCAAGGCCGCCUCAGGCUAGCCCCUCCGGGCCGGUACCCCAGAGCAAGAACGCCAUUCUCGUCAGCCAUAGGCAGAAAGGGAAUCCUCUGCUGAAGCACAUCAGGAAUGCCAGGUGGACCUUUGCAGAUAUCGUGCCAGACUACGUGCUCGGGCAAUCGUCAUGUGCACUGUACAUAAGUAUCAGGUACCAUCUUCUACACCCAGACUACUUGUAUUAUCGGAUAAGAGAGCUGCAGAAGAAUUUCAGGCUCCGUGUCAUCUUGUGCCAUGUUGAUGUUGAAGAUGUAGUCAAGCCAUUGCAUGAAAUUACAAGAACUGCACUGCUUCACGACUGCACCCUUCUGUGUGGUUGGAGCAUGGAGGAAUGUGGUCGAUACUUGGAGACUAUUAAAGUCUACGAAAACAAGCCAGCUGACAGUAUUCGCGAGCACAUGGAUAAUGACUAUUUAUCACGGCUGACACACUCACUUACAUCCAUUCGGCGUGUUAAUAAAACAGAUGUUGUCACACUCGGUUCAUCUUUCGGGUCACUCUCUCGAAUUAUGGAUGCUUCCAUGGAAGAAUUGGCUCGUUGCCCAGGAAUUGGUGAGCGGAAGGUAAAGCGACUUCACGAUACUUUCCACGAGCCAUUCAGACGAGUUUCCGCCCGCCCAAACAUUGUAGUACCUGAUACCCCUGAAAGAGAGAAAGCGUCAGGCCAACCUUCAUCGACCAAUGACGGUUCGCAAGAUGCAGCAGAAAAGCCGGACGCAUCGAAGAGCAAGAAAGGUUCCGACGUGAAGUCGGCCCUUACUGCUGCCUUUGCCAAGUAUUCAGAGAAGAUCCGCAGCCAGGGCCGUGAUGCAGCGAACGAGGCUGGUGAAGGUACUAGCAGCUCAACCGUGGAAGAUGGCAAGACCAAGAACUAGAUUAGCAGUAGGAUGUUAACAAUAGAGGAAAAUGGCUAGUCUAAACGUUCAUUAUCUUCAUAUUAGGUAUCGAUUGUUGUUGUACUUGCAAAAUUUCUUUUGUUUGUUUUCCCCUGUAUCAACCCUCAGAAAACAUGCGUGUUUUUUUCCUCCUAGGUACACAAGGUGGCUAGUACAUUGGUGCUGUCUUAUAGGCUGUCUUAUGUAUUUACACAUAAUCUUGAGAUGAUUUAACAGACAAUAUUUACAAUAAAUUGUCUUUUUUAGCUA